UUUACCAGGGUCGAAUGAGAGAUAGAAAACCAACAAAACAUACCGGCCCUCAAGACUCCAAGAAAAACAAUGAACUCGUGAAUAUCGAGCUCUCUUUUUCUCUCUCUCUCUGAUUACCAGUCCUCUCCCUCUUCCUUUCUCCAAGCCCUUUCCUCAAAUUCACUCUUUUAGGAGUAAAGCAAGGGAAGGCGGAGGAGAAGGAGAUGGAGGGCUUCUCUCCAUCCUCUCCCCCUCGGAUCUUUUGGAACUCCCGCAAGAGAUCUGCCAGUACAAGGAGCUUGGAGAAUGUACUGAAAGUGGAAUUGGAAAAGACAGCGACCCAUGAACCAAGUGAUGUACCUAUGAAUGGGGAUGAAGUGCCACCAACUUCUGCAGAUGAAACUCCAAUUGGUGAAAAAGACAAUGCUGCCCUCUCUGAACGACGGAAAGCCCUGUUUGAACCAUUGGACCCUAUCGGCAGUGGCCCAAUUGGAAGGCGCAUCCCAGCUGAAGACUUGCUCCCCCCACCAGACUUUGAAUCUGCAUCCUACCCAAAAGGAUGGUUGGUUGGGAAGAAGAGAAAGCUUGUGAAUGUUGAUGUGGUUGAGAGCAUGCGGAGAAUCGCUGUCCAAGAGAUGAACCGAAAGGAUCGGGAAAUUGAUGGACUUAAUGAACAAUUAGCAGAGGACUCACGCUGCCUUGAACACCUCCAGAUGCAGCUGUUGCAGGAGCGCAGCAAGCGGACGGAUGUGGAGAGGGAGAAUUCAAUGCUCCAUGAGCAGAUCUCAAUGCUGAUGAACAUGUUGGAGGAAACUGAACCCCCAGUAGAUGUGGAGGUUGCUUCUGAGGAUUCUUGAUUGCCUCCAUCUUAUUAUGUUCAUAUUAUGCCCUAUGAGUGCAAUGUGUUCUUUUCCUUUCGUGCUUUGCCCAAUACAGUGAAUACACAGGAAAUGUUAGUAUUGUAUCCCUUGGAGAUGAUGCUUUUGUUUUCAAUGUGUAAUUAUUUCAUAACCUUUAUUUAUGUUUUUAUACUUUAUAUCAAACCAUCAAUAUAUAAAAGAAAUCAUUUAUUA